CUGCUCCUCUCCUGCAGAAGAGCUUCCCCUAAACUUCCAUAUUCCACCUUCAAGUAAGCCACGAUGAGCAGACAGGCACCUACAGUGAGAUCUGUCCUGGGACGGAGAGGCUUCAGUUCAGCUUCGGAGAUCUGUGGUCGCAGCUAUGCUGCCUCUGCCUGCCAGCCUGUGCGCUGCGGAGCUGGUGCCUACAGCAGCAGGAGCGUCUGCAACCUUGGUGGAAACAGGAGAAUUUCCUACGUGAAUGGGAGCUGUGGAAAUGGAUGUUUUGGAGAGUUCGGCUUCGGAGGUGUAGGCUACGGUAGUGUUGGAGGAAGGGUUGGCCUUUGUGGCCCCAGAGGAUAUAGUAUUGUGAGAGGGUACCCUGAUCGCAAGGCUGAGGGUAUCCAAGGUAUCUGCAUUGAUGAGCGGCUUCUGAAGCCCCUCUGCGUUGGGGUUGACCCGCUGGAACAUGAAAUACGCUGCCAGGAGAAGGAACAGAUCAAGACCCUCAACACUCAGUUUGCCUGCUUCAUCGACAAGGUUCGAUUCCUGGAGCAGCAGAACAAAGUGCUGGAGACCAAGUGGGGCCUCCUGCAGCAAUAUGUCCUACCAAAGAAAGGGAAAAACCUGGAACUCUACUUUGAGAAUUACAUUUGCGACCUGCGGAAGCGCCUGGACUGCUUGCUCUGUGAGAAGCAAAAACUGGGCAGUGAAGAAUGUGCCACAAGCCAGCUGGUGGAGGAGUUCAAGUGCAAAUAUGAGGAGGAAAUCAACAGGCGCACAACUGUGGAGAAUGAAUUUGUGGCACUCAAAAAGGAUGCAGACUGUAUCUUUUUGAACAAGGAAGAGCUGGAGGUGAAGGUGGAUCUGUUAAGAAGGCAGCUGGAGUUGUUGAAAUGCGUGUUUGAGGAGGAACGAGCUCAGGUAGAUAGCCAGCUAUGCGACACUUCGGUCAUCGUGAAAAUGGACAAUAACCGAGACCUGGACAUGGAAAGCAUCAUCAAGAAUGUUGAAUGCUGGUACCAAGAAAUAGCUCAGAAGAGCAAAGAAGAAGUUGAUGCUUUCUACCAAACCAGGUUUCAGGAGCUUCAGGAUAAGAGAGGCAAGUACUGUGAUGACCUGCAAAGCAACAAAUGUGAGAUUUCAGAGCUAACCCGUAUGAUACAGAAGCUACAGUGUGAACUGGAGAACGUGAAGAAGCAGGUCUCCUGCCUACAAACCUCCAUUUGUGAUGUUGAGCAGCGUGGGGAUUGUGCCCUCAAAGAUGCCCGGGAGAAGCACGUUGAGCUGCAGAAUGCCCUCCAGAAGGCCAAGGAUGAGCUGGCUUGCAUGCUACGGGAUUACCAGGAGCUGCUGAAUGUCAAGCUGGCCCUGGAUAUUGAGAUUGCAACGUAUAAGACUCUCCUGGAAGGUGAAGAGAGCAGGUAG